AUGCCACCUAAAAAAGGAAUACGUUCAUUUAAACCUAAACAAAGAGUUCUUGCGAAAAUGCCAGGAUAUUCACCGUGGCCAGCAUUUCUUGUUCCUGAUGAUCAAAUCCCAGAAGACGUAUUAAAAGCACAGCCUAAGAAAGGGAAACGUUAUUGUGUUAUUUUUAUUCCUGAUGGAGAUUAUUGUUGGAUUUCAGAUAAAGGUAUAAACAAUCUUAGCGAUGAACAAUUAAAGGCUAGUUUGGCUGAUAUACCCCUUGAUAUCAAAAGAAAGAUGAAAAAUUUGAAAGGAGUUGUCAGAGGUAAAAGCACUCCGAUUAAAAAUGCAAUUGCAGCAGCUGAUGGAUUAUCUUAUGAUGAUUUCCUUGACCAUUUGUCUCUGGCCGAAGCACAAGAAGAGGUUGAUGACGAAGAAGAAGAGGAAGAUCAAGAUCAAGAAGAAGAGGAAGAAGUUGAAGAAGGUCAUAACGAUGAUGAAUUAGAUCAUUCAAAGCAAGAGAAUGAUGACGAGGAUGAAGAGGAAGAAGAAGAAGAAGUGCAAGACGAGGAAGAGGAUGAAGAGGAUGAAGAGGAAGAAGUUGAUGAUUAUAAAAACGUGGCGAAACCAAAGUCAAGAAAAAUCAAAGUUAAACCAAAAAAUUUGAAAUCGGAUGAUGAAGCAGAUUUUGGUGAUAUAUCAGAUGAAUCCAUUGAAACAAAGAAAACUUCGAAGAAUGGGAAGAAUUUAGAUAGAUUAGGAUCUAAUGGAAAUGGGAAAAAGAGAAAAAUCGAAGAUGUGGACUCAUCAGGGACAGAUUUGAAGAGUAAUAAAAAGAAAAUUCAACCUGGAUCACGUUUAUCAGGUAAAAAUAAUGAAGAUCGUCCUACCAAACGAGAACGGGGAACUUUAAUUACUCCAACUACAGAGAAACCAGUACUUAGUGAAAAGGAAAAGCAGAAUCAAUUAUGGCUUUGCCGAGUUAAACUUCAAAAGACUCUAAUACAAAGAAAUCAACCAAAUACUCCAAAGGAUACCAUUGGAUUAAAACCACCAACAGCAGAUGAAUUACUGACAGCAAGAUUGAUAUUGUACCGAUUAUUGGAAUUCCCAAUUGAUAAAGAAUUGUUGAGAAAAACCAAAAUGCAUAAAGUUUUAAAGACUAUUAUUAAAGAUAAAAGUUUACAAUAUAGUGAUAGUUUCAAAUUGCAUGAUCGAUGUGAAGAAGUUUUAAAUAAGUGGCACGGACCAAUUGAAGAAUUGAGAAAUGAGAAAGUUUAUGAACAUAAGAGAAAUCAUAGUAAAGAUGAUCUUGAUUCAAUGACUAGUAACAAUCAUAAUAAUAAUAAUAAUAAUGCCAAUGACAAUGGAAGUAAAUCAUCUUCCUCAUCAUCAGAGAUUAAUAGAAAAUUAGUAGCACAAGAUGAUUCCGAAGUAUCAGGAUUAGAACAAAGUAUUUCAGAAUUAGAUCAACCAAAGAAUUCAGAAUUAUCAACCGAUGAUAUAUGA